AUGCUAAAGGAGCGCACAGCAGGCAUCAGGGCAAGAGACCGGAAGACAAUGCUGUAUUUAGAGUGCGACAAUGCGCGACAAAGGUCCGUCGUUGCCAACCUGCAGAAGUUCGUUUAUUGCUGUCUGUACAUACGGUUCAUUAAAGACGGAUCGGUGCUCCUGAUCCUCAUGGGAUGGGUGAUUUCGUCGCUGUGCGAGUUCGUCCAAGAAUUGACGCUGAGAUACCUGAAGAAGAACUACCUGCAGGCGGACCGUGGCGACGAGCAGGAUGACGACGAAAGCCUGGCCAUCAGAGGGCUGGAGACGCCCAUUGUAAGAGUCAUCAUAAACAAGGCCAUACGGUACUACCAGGGACUGAUACUCCUGGAGACGGCGUACUGCAUAGUGUACCACAUCAGGCUGGACGUGGCAAGGGACAUAUGUUCAAAGCCGUACGGGUUCGUCGUGAUGCUGCUGAUAAGAGAGUUUACGUGCCCGGCGCCGGCGGGAUUCCCCAGCAAGCUGCUGCUGCUGGUGCUUGACUUCGCGGUGCUUUUCGGCCAGCUUCUGAUCAUGAACGGUUCGUUGAGUUCCAGUUUCCAAAACGUCAAGCUGAUCGUCAAGGAGCUGGACGCGGACAAGCAAGGCGCCCUGAACCUCCUCAAGUUCAACACCUGGCACACGGACGCCAACGGGCCCGAGCUCAUCGUCCACCGGAACCGCGAUGAACCCUUGCCCCAACACCUAGAUACAUAUACCGUCGACGAGUCCACACCCUUACUAAACAAUACCGAAUAA